GUCAGCGUGUCUGGACUCCAUUAGGGGGUUGCAGCUGUUGAGAGAAACAACAACAAAAACGGAGCGAUUGACGGGAAUACCACAGAGUCAGUGCGUUCUCAGCCGGGUUACGAAGUCUAAAUUCUGGGAGCUAAAACCUCCUUUCCCACCCUGGGCUUCGCCGGCUUCUAACCACGGCCGCUCUCGGUGAGGAAACUCUGGCCUCCGCUUCCUCCUCCUCCGACUCGGACACCGGCGGAGCGUCGCCGCCCCCACGGAAGAAACACCGAGCCUCGGCGGCGGAGGGAGCAGGAGAGCCCGGGGCUUCAACAGUUGCGACAGGCCUUUCUGGAGUUGUUUUGGGACUUGCUACUACUUCUCCACAUCACCAAGCCACCUCUGCUAUUCACUUUAACCGGACCCUUGUCAACAAUCUCAGCGGCAAUAACAUGCAGUCAAACGGGGCAGGACAGGAUUCAGAGCUUUCCUGCCAAAACAGUGCACAAAACGGGGAGUCAUCCUCGGCUGGGGGAACGCACUUCAACGGGCUUCUGGUCAGCACAAACAAUGGGAAUAGUGUCGGUACCAAUAACGGAGCCGGACCGGGCUCAGGGACCUCCACAGCCUCGGGUUCGGAGGUCGGCUCCAUGAAAAAGAAGAAACGUCUUUCGCAGUCGGAGGAAGAUGUCAUCCGAUUAAUAGGACAACAUCUCCACGGGUUAGGGCUAAAGUAAGUUUACGUGACGUAAAGGAAAAGCUCCUAACAUGUCCAAGUACAUGAUUCAUGAAAUCUCAUUUAUUAGUGAUAAAAAAAGAAAAAAAAAGAAGCAAAACUGCGUGGUGGUAGUUGAUGAACACGGAAUUCUGCGUUUGACAGACAAACAUGGGCUGGGGGAGGGGGUAGUUAGCAAGCUAGUUUGAAGAAGAAGGGGUCCAUUUUGCACAAUACAGAGUGGUAGGUUGAUAGUACCACUAGCCUUCGUAACGAUUGUUAUUCAGACAUUUUAUACAGAAUAAAGACUCAAGACAGUUCACAAUUUGGUUGGCUACCUUGACCUCACACCAAUAACUGUUCAGUGUAACCUUAUAGGGGCUAGUUGAACUGCGUGUUGUGAGUUGUAUAUAUAUUUUUUUACACGGAUGGAAAUCGCAUUACAUCACCUUGUAAUCCAUCGAAAGAUGCUGCAAAAUCCAUAAUGAUUUGUGGUUACUAAGGAUGUAAAUGGCUAUAGCCUGUCAUUUGAAAUGGCCUUAUAGAUUUGGCCUGUUUUAUACUGUGGAGGCACUGUGGAACGUUAGAAUAGUUGUCUGAAAUGAAAUGCCUGCGUUUUAGAGGAUUGCGCAAAAGUGCGUAGGGAGAACAACGAUACCCUGUUUGACAGCGUCGAUUUGUUUUCGUUCUCCUGUAUUUCCCAUAUUGUCCCUUUCGAUGGCUUGGGUGUUUUCAUGACAUUGACAUUUGAUGUUUACAAAGAGAACAUCGAUAAAGGAGUUUACUUGAUACGUUGCUGUAAAGUAGAAAAACAGACAGGGUCAGUGUUACUUUUGAAACCUUUUGAGCGGCGGUCGUCUUGAACAACAACCAUGGUACAGCCCGUUAAACGAGUGGUUAUAUCUUUCGAACCGCGUAUAUUAUUCUGACGUUAUUGUCAUAUUUUUCUGCAAAUAGCAGUCUGUCAUCCAUGUCAACAAUGUCAGUAGUGUAUGGACACAAAAUCGCCAUUUAUAGCCCCAGAUGCAAAGUCAGAGCGAUGUUUAAUUCGUUUUACCAUUAUUGGUGGAAAUGGUGGCUCGUGAAGUAAUCAGAACGGCUUCCCGGAUAGGGUAUGGUUUCAUGGCGGCUGUGGAAUGCGCGUCUAUUCAGUUGUUUUAGAUUAGAAACGUAGGUUGACGCUAAUAAUAGAUUGAGCCUAGUAAACCCAUCGGGACUCCUCAGUAACACAAUAUUUUGAGCCCUCCAUGGCUAUGUCACCAUAAUGGACUGUUAAUGCAGUGUUUUGAGAGACCCAGCCUGCUACUGCUCGCCACUGACUGUGUGCCAGUGGAACUGCCAUUACAGGAGCUGCUAAGACAGCCUGUUUGGUUAUGUUUAUAUGGGGGAUAAAUACAUGCAUUGUCUGCUAUGGAACUGACGCCCCUACGUUUCAAAUGUGGAAUGGAACGUGAUAAUGGUGUCCGAACUCAUCAGGGUGAUGCUGAAAACACUUCUGCACCACUCUCUUCUUUGAUACCUGAGGAUGAUGUCAUCAUGCCAUGGUGUCAGUACAGCCCACUCCAUUUGAUCAUAGUCACCUUUUAAGCACACUAAUAGAGAUUUACAGAAAAGGCACUCACAGUUGACAGGUCUAGUCUAGAAUUAUAACUAAUGCCACAUCUCUUAUUGCUGGAUAUGGUUUAGAUUGUUAUGCCCGUCUCUCCCUCUCUCCUGUGUCUGUCACUCUGGUAUAACAUAUCAGGUCCAUUGGCUGUCUUGUUGGCCAAUGUUAAGCUGUUUUCUAUAAACGUUUAUGCAAUUAAUGUUUAAUCCGUCUCUCCGUAGUCAAUUGACUUUGGGCUGACAUUUCAGUUCCUUUACAUCUGUACGUUAAUGUCUGUCUUGUUCUAAUGUUCAGCUAACGUGUGCUGUAAACAUUGAGGUAAUGUUUCCCCACUCUCUUCUCUGCAGUCAAACAGUGGACCUGCUGAUGCAGGAGUCGGGCUGCAGACUGGAACAUACCUCAGCCACGAAGUUCCGCAACCACGUCAUGGAGGGGGAGUGGGACAAGGUGGGUUCCAGGUUACCAUAGUUACACCUGCACCUUUAAUGUUAUGCAUAGCCUGCACACACCUACUUCGAGAGAGUACCCAUAACAUGGUUCUGUUACUAAGUAUCGAUCACAUGUACAACACCAACAUUAAGCUACAUAUGGAGUAAAUAAACAGUGCUGUUCAUAAACAUUUGUGCCAAUUAAUAACAUAUUGGAACUCGUUGAUGAAAAUAUAUGUAGUUAAGUUCCUAGAAGGGAUCUUUAAGAGUUGUUAGUGUAAUUACUUUCUCUUCUACAUUGCCACAGUACUCCCAUUCCAAGAGCUUUGGGUUAAGGCUUGUAAAAAUGUACAUCAUCUCUUUUUUAAAUCCCAUAAAUGUACAGACAUUACUGAGCAUUAUCUGAACUGUAGCCACAAAAUGGCUUCACACACCAUGAUAAUUACAGUUGUUGACUUCCUCCACUGAGAAAGAGUGUGGUUAUUGUAGUGGUCAACUGUUUUGAUUUGUCGUUUUUGUGGCUUGAAAGUGCUGAGCCAACUAUUUGUCUCCCCUCCCUCUCUCUCUUUGUUUUGGUCCAGGCUGAGAAUGAUCUCAACGAGUUGAGGGCACUGAUGCAUUCUCCCAACGCUAUUGUGGUAAGCCCAAACCUGACCUGAAUGACAGUCAUCAACGCAGUGAAAGGGGACCAUGGGUUCUAGAACGGUUCUGUCCCCAACCUGACUGUUCUAGAUUAGAAAGUUUCCCCUUUGUGAGGCGGAUCCAUUCUGACUGGAAUUUCAAGUGUUCCGGAAUGUCUUGGACGGACUGAGUGGAAUGUUUACAACAGAUAUCCUCAUAUAUGGGGGUAUAAUAUCCUGCAUUUAAUAAUUUGCUAGUCAGAUGCUAAGUGUAUGGUGUGUUUAUCAGUAAAAUGUUCCACCAAUAUUAUUAUUCAACAAAAGCACAGUUGUAUAAUCACAUUGUUAGUGUUUAAAUAAUUUUGCAUUAUUAGUAGCUAGGUUUCAUCCAAUUGGCAACAGAUUUUCAUGCGAAUAUUCUAAAAUCUGCAUAAAGAUAAUAUAUGAAUUUCCCCACUAUUGGUGUGUUUCCGUCAAACUGACUUGUUGCAGAUAAAAAUCAGUGCGUGAUGACUUAGUGCACACAAAAUGUACUUUUUCGCUUAAGUUUUCAUGUACGGAAUAAAAAUAGAAUGUUCAAUGUGUUUCCAUCACAUUUUCAUCUCUACGGAUAGUUUUGUCACAAACUGUUGCGUUAAAUAGCAAAUGUGCCCACUCUGGUCUUGGCACGUGCGCUCUAGCCAACAGCUCGCAGAUACAGUGCAGGUAAGCUAGUCUACAUGAUGAGAUUAUGGAGAUUUCUUUGUCAAAGCGGCAGUCAAGCAUCGAACAUCAUGUCACCAGAAUAAGACCCUCGACAUUUAUUGGAAAGGAGCAUCAAACACAUACCAUGCACUUUCACUACACUGUGAAGUUCAUCAUAACUUAUUUAAUCUUUAGCCUAAUUUAAACUGCAUGAUUUCCCGUGUCGUAGUGGGAGGACACACCAUGUCAUCGCUCGUGACUCCGAAGUUUACUUUGAUAUGAUGGUUAUAUCAAUUUUUGCUCGUAAAGGUGUUUCCGCCGCCAUUUUUUGCGUAAUUAAUUUUAGUCACAAAAAGAUCCCACCAUGUCGAACAAACAAAUUAUCUGUCGGCAUUUAUACAAUUUGAAUGAAACUUCCUGUUUCCAUCACUGCUGUCGUGAUAUUUUUUUUAUACGGUAUGAAUUUAGUCUCAUAAACACUGUAGAUGGAAAUGUGGUUAGUGAGUUCACCAUAGAUUAUUCAGUCAACUGUAUGUCUUGUAUGUUUAUUGUAUAUGAUAUCAUAUAAUAUCCAUACAUAUUCUGGUGGAGCCCUGAGAUUUGUCAUUCAGCUGUUCUUCUAAGAUUGUAAAUGAGGGGAGUCGCCUCUACCAUGGGUACAGCAAGUUUAGAUGUCAUCUAAAGAACACUCGGAGGACUGCAGCUAGGCUAAAUGAUGAUAAUUAGAUCUAGCUAGCUCAUAAGUAGACAGGAUACAUUUUAGUCAUUUAGCAGACACUUAUCCAAAGCGACUUAAAGUUAGUGCAUUCAUUUUAAGAUGGCUAGGUGGGACAACCACAUAUCUCAAUCAUAGUAAGUACAUUUUUCCUCAAAGUAGCUAUCAGCAAAGUCAGUGCUAGUAGAAUAAAAAUGAUAGAUCUCAAAAUGGUCUGCUGUGGCUUAGUCAAGCGCCUGUGGAGUUUUAUUCUGGUCAACCAAAGGCUUGUUAUUGCACAAUCCAUUUUAACUCCAGAGGUAGGCUAUCCUAGUUUAUGAAUGUCUAAUAACUAAGUUAUUUUCUGCCCUGCCAUAUACCAUGAAGGUAUGCAAGAUAUGUCAAGCUGGAAUGGCUGCUACUAUGAUUAUGGUGAACACUUGACAAUGGUAAUUUAUAUGCCAGAGUCAUGGUUAUAAUUGAAAAGGUCAAACCGUGUUGGUUCUUCUGGCAGGUUGUGUGUGUUGUGCGCUUGUGUGCCCACCACAUGACACCAAGGCAGUGAGGUUUCUGGGGUUAAGCCAACGCCCCCCCCCAGUCUGGUAGCUGUGUGUGUGUCUGUCUGGGUGGGGUUAUUCAUGAGUGUGUGCUAAGGUGCCGGGAAUCAGAUCUCUUGCUCCGAUACCUUCUGCCCCAUGGUAAGGGAGAGAACGGCUUGUGUGUGGGGUCCUUGAUGAUGCUGCGUGCCUUCCUUGGGCACCAUUUUGAGUAGAUUUCCAGGAUGGGUUGGAGCACGGUCCCAGUGAUGUACUGGGCCAUCUUCACCACCCGCUGGAGGGCCUUGCGGUUGUGGAUGGCGCAAUUCCUGUACCAGGCUGUGAUGCAACGAUAGUGCAGCGGUAGACGACCCAGGUCGGCAUGCCGAACUUCUUCAGCCGCCUUAGGAAGUAGAGAUGCUGUUGCGCCAUCUUGACAAGAGUGGUGGUGUUUCAUGACAAUUGGACGCCGAGGAACUUAACUCGUGACUCUCUACCAUUGAUGUGGAUCGGGGCAUGUUCCCUCCUCUGCUUCCUGAAGUCAACAAUCAACUCCUUUGUUUUGCUGAGUGAGAGGUUGUUGUCAUGACACCACAAUGCCAGUUCACUACCUCCUCCUUAUAGGCUGACUCGUCAUUGUUGGUUAUCAGGUCAGCAAACUUGAUGGAAUUUGUUGUUUAUAAAGUCACACAGUUGUGGGUGAACAGGGAGUACAGCAGAGGACUGAGGACACACCCCUGGGGGGCCCCUUUUUAAGACUCAGUGUGGAGAGGUGCCUGUUGUUCACACACGUAUCUGCACAACUCUGAUAUAAAAUAGUUUUUCUCAAAGUUGCCGGAAUGCCACUUACAUCAAUACAUUUGUAACAACCUAAACAUGAAACUUCUAUCCGAUCAAAUAAGCCUCACAUAGCAAAUUAGCAAUAACAUUUUAUGUUGACCAAAUUCAACACUCAUUGAUUGACCUUCAUACCAAUAAUCCCCACUUCCUCUGCUUCUCGCUUUAUUUUUGCUCUGACAGAUUUUGGGGUGGAGUCAAGCCUCUCGCUUCGUCUCUUUCUCUCUGGUAUGACUGCCUGCACCCUUUGAAGCACAGGAUUAGAGUCAUUGGCUGCGUCAUGUUUUGAAUGUAUAAAUGGGAAAUCUGUUGGUCAGGUUUCUGGGCUCUACUUUUUUAUGAAACCCUUUUAUCACCAUUUGCUCACUUCAUUUGUUUCUCCUCUCCCUCCUUUUUACUCAUCUUUUUCUUCCCCGCUUCCUGUCUCCAUCUGCACUGCAACGUUCUGUUGUCCUACAUAAUGCCAUAUCUACCUCCCUCCUCCCCCUCUCUCAAUUUCUCUCAUUUCCUCACCUCUCUCUCUCUCUCUCUCUCUCUACCCCUCUCCCCCUCUCUCUCUGUAGCGUAUGAAGUUCCUGCUCCUGCAGCAGAAGUAUCUGGAGUACUUGGAGGACGGGAAGGUUCUCGAGGCUCUGCAGGUGCUCAGGGGAGAGCUCACGCCGCUCAAGUACAACACGGACCGCAUCCAUGUACUCAGCGGGUAUGCCAUUACCUAUCAAUCACUUUAAUCAUCUAAUUAUUCAAUCGAUCAGUGAACACACUUGCUCCACACAGUCAGUCAGUAUGGCAUUACUGUUCCUACCAAUCAUAUCAAUCCGCUGUCUGAUCAAUCUGUGCAAACAGCAUCCUCAGUGGGUUUGCCUGUCUAUCAAUCACACCAUUUUCAUAAGUCAACACAAGUCAAUCAUCAACUGUUACGCUGUCGAAUACAUCUCUGACAGCAUCCAAAUAUUCAGCGGGUAAAUAAAAUAAUCAAUCAAUGAGUCAAUACCAACUGCAUCCGCAUACUCUGUAAGUAUGCCAGUCUGUCGCUCAAGCAGUCAAUGGAAACCUACAUUAUCAGGAAAAACACAACCAACUUUGCAUCAGUGGUUGAUCAGUCACAUUGUCCUAGUUCAAUGUGGCUUUGGAGUAAUAACCAGCGUAUACAGUGUUAUUACAGUUAAUAAAACUGUUAUUAGAGGUCAUGGGCGGCAGGUAGCUUAGUGGUUAAGACCGUUGUGCCAGUAACCGAAAGGUCGCUAGUUCUAAUCCCCGAGCCGACCUAGGUGAAAAAUCUGUCGAUGUGCCCUUGAGCAAGGCACUUAACCCUAAUUGCUCCUGUAAGUCGCUCUGGAUAAGAGCGUCUGCUAAAUGACUAAAAAUGUAAAUGUAAAAUGUCAUGCAUAACAGUGAUGUACCCAGUGGAGUAUGUUGUAGUCUGACUGGUUUUGUGUUGUGUAGGUAUCUGAUGUGUAGCCAUGCAGAGGACCUGCGCGCCAAGGCAGAGUGGGAAGGCAAAGGCACAAACUCCCGCUGCCGACUGCUGGACAAGUUACAGAGUGAGAACAUACCACAUACCACCACUCACACACACAUUAUACCUCAUACACAGGCACACACACACAUUUUACUUAAUAUAAACACACAAAUACAGUGGGGGAAAAAAGUAUUUAGUCAGCCACCAAUUGUGCAAGUUCUCCCACUUAAAAAGAUAAGAGAGGCCUGUAAUUUUCAUCAUAGGUACAUGUCAACUAUGACAGACAAAAUGAGAAAAAUAAAUCCAGAAAAUCACAUUGUAGGAUUUUUAAUGAAUUUAUUUGCAAAUUAUGGUGGAAAAUAAGUAUUUGGUCAAUAACAAAAGUUUCUGAAUACUUUGUUAUAUUCCCUUUGUUGGCAAUGACACAGGUCAAACGUUUUCUGUAAGUCUUCACAAGGUUUUCACACACUGUUGCUGGUAUUUUGGCCCAUUCCUCCAUGCAGAUCUCCUCUAGAGCAGUGAUGUUUUGGGGCUGUCGCUGGGCAACACAGACUUUCAUCUCCCUCCAAAGAUUUUCAAUGGGGUUGAGAUCUGGAGACUGGCUAGGCCACUCCAGGACCUUGAAAUGCUUCUUACGAAGCCACUCCUUCGUUGCCCGGGCGGUGUGUUUGGGAUCAUUGUCAUGCUGAAAGACCCAGCCACGUUUCAUCUUCAAUGCCCUUGCUGAUGGAAGGAGGUUUUCACUCAAAAUCUCACGAUACAUGGCCCCAUUCAUUCUUUCCUUUACAUGGAUCAGUCAUCCUGGUCCCUUUGCAGAAAAACAGCCCCAAAGCAUGAUGUUUCCACCCCCAUGCUUCACAGUAGGUAUGGUGUUCUAUGGAUGCAACUCAGCAUUCUUUGUCCUCCAAACACGACGAGUUGAGUUUUUACCAAAAAGUUAUAUUUUGGUUUCAUCUGACCAUAUGACAUUCUCCCAAGCCUCUUCUGGAUCAUCCAAAUGCACUCUAGCAAACUUCAGACGGGCCUGGACAUGUACUGGCUUAAGCAGGGGGACAUGUCUGGCACUGCAGGAUUUGAGUCUCUGGCGGCGUAGUGUGUUACUGAUGGUAGGCUUUGUUACUUUGGUCCCAGCUCUCUGCAGGUCAUUCACUAGGUCCCCCCGUGUGGUUCUGGGAUUUUUGCUCACCGUUCUUGUGAUCAUUUUGACCCCACGGGUGAGAUCUUGCGUGGAGCCCCAGAUCAAGGGAGAUUAUCAGUGGUCUUGUAUGUCUUCCAUUUCCUAAUAAUUGCUUCCACAGUUGAUUUCUUCAAACCAAGCUGCUUACCUAUUGCAGAUUCAGUCUUCCCAGCCUGGUGCAGGUCUACAAUUUUGUUUCUGGUGUCCUUUGACAGCUCUUUGGUCUUGGCCAUAGUGGAGUUUGGAGUGUGACUGUUUGAGGUUGUGGACAGGUGUCUUUUAUACUGAUAACAAGUUCAAACAGGUGCCAUUAAUACAGGUAACAGGUGGAGGACAGAGGAGCCUCUUAAAGAAGAAGUUACAGGUCUGUGAGAGCCAGAAAUCUUGCUUGUUUGUAGGUGACCAAAUACUUAUUUUCCACCAUAAUUUGCAAAUAAAUUCAUUAAAAAUCCUACAAUGUGAUUUUCUGGAUUUUUCUUUCUCAAUUUGUCUGUCAUAGUUGACGUGUACCUAUGAUGAAAAUUACAGGCCUCUCUCAUCUUUUUAAGUGGGAGAACUUGCACAAUUGGUGGCUGACUAAAUACUUUUUUCCCCCACUGUACACCCGCUACGUCACCUACAGCUUCAUGACACCUUAUACAUACAGUCACACAGGGCUUCACAGGGGUCUAGGGAUGCGCUUCAGACUGGACUAUAGUUUGACUCCUGUCUCUGGUCCUUCUCUCCAACCCACUCCCUCUCCAGCAUACCUGCCCCCGUCGGUGAUGCUGCCCCCACGCCGGCUGCAGACCCUGCUGAGACAGGCUGUGGAGCUGCAGAGGGACCGCUGCCUCUACCACAACACCAAACUGGACAGCAGCCUGGACUCUGUCACCUUGCUCCUGGACCACGUCUGCAGCCGGUCAGCAACACACUCAGGGUGACAUUUUCUGCCAAACACAGCUGAAAUGUGCAAAAAACUAGACAACCUGAAAACCUCUCCUUUUUAUGAUGCCUACUGUAGACAUCGGUAAAGAUGGAGGCAAUAAUUUAUGCGGAUAUAAAGAAAAGCGUGUGUUUAAAUACAGGGUCUUUGUGUAUGAUAUAGAGCUUUCCUGACCUCUUGACCUGAACUGGAAAAACACAGAGCCCAGAUCACUGUUGCAUGUAAUGCAAUAGCGAUCUGCAAUAUUUUUGGAAUGCUACGUUGUUUUUUGAUUUCAGAAAUGUUGCGCGCUGCAAGAGUCGUAAAGUGAACCGAAAAUAUCACCCUCAAUCGUUUACUAAAUACAUUUUAUUUGUCACAUGCUUUGUAAACAACAGGCGUAGAAUAACAGUGAAAUGCUUACUUACGGGUCCUUUUCCAACAAUGCAGAGUUAAAGAUACGUUAAAUUUUUUUGUGGAAAUAGCGCCACAAGGAAUAAAUGACAGUACUAACUCCCUCCCAUCAGUAGUCUCUCUAUCCUCCACUCUCUUCACCCCUUUUAUUUGAGCCUUUGACCUUGGUUGACCUCUCUCCUGGUUGGCCCCGUCCACAGGAAGCAGUUCCCGUGCUACACACAGCAGAUCCUCACAGAGCACUGUAACGAGGUGUGGUUUUGUAAGUUCUCCAACGACGGCACCAAGCUGGCUACCGGCUCCAAAGACACCACCGUCAUCAUCUGGCAGGUGGACCCUGUGAGUACCACACUGAGCCCAUAUCCCCCACACCAUCUGCUGUGUACAUUCCCACUAUAUGCCUUAUAGGAGUCGUCAUCUGCUGCAUACAUGUCAAAGAUAGCCACCAUCUACUGUCUUUCCAUUAGUGCUUUACUCUAACCCAGAGCCUGGUGUCUGUGUGUGUGGUGUCUAGGAGAGCUACCAGUUGAAGCUGCUGCGGACCUUAGAGGGCCAUGCCUACGGUGUGUCCUACCUGGCCUGGAGCCCCGACGACGCCUACCUGAUCGCCUGCGGACCCGAUGACUGCUCCGAACUCUGGCUCUGGAACGUCCAGGUAUGGCAACACACACGUACACACACCCCGCCCGGCGAAACAGUAUGUUAGUGCUGAUGUAAAAUGAGUACAGGCAUACACUGCAGCUGUCCAGGACAAGGAUUGAUUGAUUGAUUGAUGGAAUUAAAUGGAAACCCAUCAAUUCAUGUAAUUUAUUGGUCAUAGAGUCCCUGAUUUAGAUGGGGCCUGUUAAAAACAGUGAUGCAGUAGGCCUCCAGGUUGGGAACUCUUCAGUGUCUGUGUAGUUACUGAGUGGUGUUUGUCCCCUGGUGGGCAGACGGGGGAGUUGCGGACCAAGAUGAGCCAGUCCCACGAGGACAGUCUGACCAGUGUGGCCUGGAACCCUGACGGGAAACGCUUCGUCACAGGGGGACAGAGGGGACAGUUCUACCAGUGUGUAAGUAUUGUUAUAGAAGGAUGUGUGUAUUAGUGUGUUCUACCAGUUUGCUGUGUGUGAUCUAUCCACCAGAUAUACAAGUGUCAGUUGGUUCUUCUAGUUUGUCCUGCCAGUGUGUGAGUAGUGGGGAAAGUACAGGGUGAUGCAUACACUACGGGGAGCAACUAAUACAGUUCAGUAAAUGGGCAGACUGCUUUUAGAUAUGCACCUUCACUUCUUAUUGAUUAGCUGACUAGACAAGUACCUGCUGGCCUUCAGAAAAGAGACUGUCAGGAUCUAGUGUGUUACAAACUGUGUAUUUGUGUGUCUGAAUCUGUCUGUGCCUGUGUGUCUGAUUUUCUACCUGUUUCUGGCCUGUGUGUCUGAUUGAUUGAUUGAUUCCCAGGAUCUGGACAGUAGCCAUUUGGAACUAUGUAUUUAAUUGAUUGAUUGUUGUGUUAAUGGUAGGACCUGGACGGUAACCUGUUGGACUCGUGGGAGGGCGUGCGUGUGCAGUGCCUCUGGUGUGUGGGGGACGGCAGGACGGUGCUAGCGUCAGACACUCACCAGCGGAUCCGGGGUUACAACUUUGAGGACCUAACGGACAGAAACAUGUGAGGGCUGCGGUUUCUCCCCGUGCCAGAUCAGAAUUUACCCUCCUGACUAUUAAUCAGUAGAUUAACAAAACAUUUUGUUCAGAAAUCUUAGUAAUAAAUGGUUUAUACAUGCAUAAUGAAUACAUUAACAAAUUAUACAUGAUGAAUUACUAACUGUUUACUACUUUUAUUCAUGUUUUAUAAGUAGUUUAUUAACAGACCUCUAAAGGAAGCAUUACUGAACCAAGUAAUACCUUCAGAAUGACUAAUCUUACAAUAAAAAUAGCCUAUAUACAGUUAUCAUUGAACAGAACACAGAUCAGUGAUUGAUCAUCUCUGUUGUGAAUUUCUCUUUUACAGAGUUCAGGAGGACCAUCCUAUCAUGUCUUUCACUGUUUCCAAGAACGGAAGAUUAGCUUUGUUAAAUGUAGCAACUCAGGUGAAUGGGGAGAGGGUGCUAUACUUGAACACUGAAAGGACUGUACCGGCGGUAUUCUGUGUGUCUCUCUGUGUGUGUGUGUGCGCGCGUGCAGGCAGGCUUUGGGCUAGUGUCUGUUUGUGUGAGGGAGAUUGAGGAGUAGGAGAAUGUACCAGUGCUAAUGGCUGUGUUUAGUGUCUAACUGCUCCCUCUCCUUCCUCCCCUCCUCCCUCCAUUCUCCCCCCACAGGGAGUGCAUCUUUGGGACCUGCAGGACCGAGUAUUGGUAAGGAAGUACCAAGGUGUGACCCAGGGCUUCUACACCAUCCACUCCUGCUUCGGAGGCCACAACGAAGACUUCAUUGCCAGCGGCAGCGAAGGUACUACCCACAGACCCAACAGCAGCCAUUUUAGGCACAGCUACUCCUCAAGCUCAGGAUUAGUGUUGUAGUUGUUAUUGAGCCCAAAAACAAACGUGUUCACCACUGUAUCCCUCACUAUGGGUGCGUCCCAAUUAUCGAUGUGUCCAUCUCUCAAAUACAUAAGCACUCAAAUACAGCUACUUUGUCAGGGACUUUGACUUGCAGCAUAUCAUAGGAAGGUUUAUAAAAGGCUGAUAUUUUCUAUGUUAUACCAUUGUACCCCUCUCCUUCCUCCCCGUCUCUUACCCUCCCCCUUCUCCUGCCUCCCCGUCUCUUACCCUCCCCCCUCUCCUUCCUCCCCGUCUCUUACCCUUCCUCCCUCCACCUUUCCUCCCCGUCUCUUACCCUUCCUCCCUCCACCUUUCCUCCCCGUCUCUUACACGUUCUUCCCUCCUCUCUCCCCUUCUCCCCCCCCCCCCCCCCAGACCAUAAGGUGUAUAUCUGGCACCGACGCAGUGAGCUGCCCAUCGCUGAGCUGACGGGGCACACUCGCACAGUCAACUGCGUUAGCUGGAACCCCGCCAUCCCAGGCCUCAUGGCCUCUGCCUCGGACGACGGCACUGUGCGUGUCUGGGGCCCCGCACCCUUCCUCGACACACAGGUGGUCGACGGGCUCAACGGUAACUACCACUAGCAUUUUGUUAGUUCAAUGGCCGUAGUAAGGCCGUUAGUUCAAUGGCCGUAGUAAGGCCGUUAGUUCAAUGGCCGUUAGUUCAAUGGCCGUAGAAAGGCCCAAAGUUUUACAGGUACUUACAAUACCGUUCAAAAGUUUGGUGUCACUUAGAAAUGUCCUUGUUUUUGAAAGAAAAGCAAAUUUUUUGUCCAUUAAAAUAACAUCAAAUUGAUCAGAAAUACAGUGUAGACAUUGUUAAUGUUGUAAAUGGCUAUUGUAGCUGGAAACGGCUGAUUUUGCAAAGAAAAAGCCAUAUCUCAGACUGGCCAAUAAAAAGAAAAUAUUAAGAUGGGCAGUCUGAGAUAUGGCUUUUUCUUUGCAACUCUGCCUAGAAGGUCAGCAUCCCGGAGUCGCCUCUUCACUGUUGACAUUGAGACUGGUGUUUUGCGGGUACUAUUUAAUGAAGCUGCCAGUUGAGGACCUGUGAGGCGCCUGUUUCUCAAACUAGACACACUAAUGUAUUUGUCCUCUUACUCAGUUGUGCACCGGGCCCUCCCACUCCUUUUUCUAAUCUGGUUAGAGCCAGUUUGCGCUGUUCUGUGAAGGGAGUAGUACACCGGGUUGUACGAGCUCUUCAGUUUCUUGGCAAUUUCUCGCAUGGAAUAGCCUUCAUUUCUCAGAACAACAAUAGACUGACGAGUUUCAGAAGAAAGUUAUUUGUUUCUGGCCAUUUUGAGCCUGUAAUCGAACCCACAAUUGCUGAUGCUCCAGAUACUCAACUAGUCUCAAGAAGGCCAGUUUUAUUGCUUCUUUAAUCAGCACAACAGUUUUGCAAAAGGGUUUUCUAAUGAUCAAUUAGCCUUUUAAAAUGAUAAACUUGGAUUAGCAAACACAAUGUGCCAUUGGAACACAGGACUGAUGGUUGCUGAUAAUGGGCCUCUGUACGCCUAGGUAGAUAUUCCAUUAAAAAUCUGCUGUUUCCAGCUACAAUAGCCAUUUACAACAUUAACAAUGUCUACACUAUUUCAGAUCAAUUUGAUGUUAUUUUAAUGGACAAAAAAAAAUGCUUUUCUUUCAAAAACAAGGACAUUUCUAAGUGACCCCAAACUUUUGAACGGUAGUGUAAGUCACUCUCAUCUCUCCCCAGAGAACUGCAGUAACAUGGACAGUUGAUGGUGACGUUGGAAUGGAAAACUUCUUCUCUUUUACAACAAGAAAUACAACCAACCGACAACAAAUAAACAUCAAAACGAGAAUGAAAUCCCAACACCUGACGAAACAAAAAAGAGAAAACAAAAGUAAAUCAGUUGUCUCAUGACCUGGCAAAACUAUGGAGGUGAGGAUGAACACACUCUUACAAAACCAGGUCUUCAUCCAGAACCAGUGGCCUGGAAGACCAGUGACCUGGGAAACCGAGCCGAUCCAUUGGUACUCCCUGCUGACUUCCUCUUCCUCCACCCCCCCCCCCUUUUUCUUAGCAAGGCCACACCAGGGGCUCUCCCCUGAAUAUUCCCCUGGAAACCCACCUCUUCACUGGGCCUCAGGCCCAGCGUCACGCCCCUGACCCCUUCAGACAGCCAUUACAGACCAUCUACACUGAUUGGACCGCGUCUGUCAUCUGUCUCUCUCUCACCUACCUGUGUAUGUCCGUGGGGAGGGGGGGUGGGGUGUUAAAAGGGGUGGAGGGGGUUAUA